AAGUAUUCAAUUCAUGCGUUCCUAACUGCCAUUUGCAUCUGCAGGUUGAGUAGAAUGUGGAAAAACAUGCUUCAGUGCCACGAAAUCCAGUGCCAAGCAAUAAAGGAAGCCAAAGGAUUUGGUCCUAUGGGAUCCGCUAAGAAGCUCAGUGAUGAUCAUCUCCAAGCUACAUUGCAACUUGAGCAUCAGCUGCUUAAUUGGACUUCUGGUUUCACCAGUUGGGUUGGAGCUCAGAAGGGUUAUGUAAAAGCCCUAAAUAAUUGGCUUGUAAAAUGCCUCCUCUAUGAACCAGAAGAAACGCCUGAUGGCGUGGCCCCUUUCUCACCUGGAAGAAUGGGUGCACCUCCCGUGUUUGUGAUCUGUAAUCAGUGGGCACAAGCUAUUGAUAGAAUAUCUGAGAAGGAAGUGGUGGAUUCUAUGCGCCUCUUUGCAUCGACGGUGUUUAAACUGUGGGAACACGAUAAGGAAGAGAUGCGAAGCAGAAUGAUGACAAACAAGGAUUUGGAGAGGAAAGUUAGGAACUUGGACAGAGAGGACCAGAAGAUACAGAAGGAGAUCCAAGCACUGGACAAAAAAAUUGUUUUGGUUUCUGGAGAUGGAGGUGAUGGCUUGUCUGUUACUGGAAAUGUUGUGUAUCAGAGUGAUACUAGCAAUGGCAGUCUGCAAGGUAGCCUGCAGAGGAUUUUCGAGGCCAUGGAGAAGUUUACAGCGGAGUCCGUGAAAGCUUAUGAGGACCUUGUGCAACGCAGUGAAGAAGAAAGCAGAGCUGGAGAACAUGGAACAGCUUCUUAAUCAUCACAUGGUUCAACCACAGACAGCUUUCUGCAAACUUUGCUUAAAGCAGAAGGCUUCGCCACCUUGUCAUGCAAGUUUGUGGUGAAAUAUGCCUUGCCCCUUCUGCUGCUGAAACUCCUCUGUGAAAGAUGAUCAUGGGACGGUGGCAGUUGUUCCAUGUGGGCCACCUAGGUUUGAUGGGGGUUUGAAGCUCAGGCUGCUGAUUGGAAAACUGAGCCGGGCUAUCGGACAUGCUCUGUAAGUGCCAAUUCCUUUUUCUGCCGGAUCAGAAUUGGCAUAGACCAUAUAGCUCCUGUAGCGCUGUCGAUGCAUCGCAUCGAGCAUUUACACAGCUGGGAAGGUCAUACACAAGGUUCGCUCUCGGGGGGAAAAAACAAUGCCUAAGAUGCAAACCUGUGGAAGUGCAGAAUUAGAUUCAAUUUUGAACCGAGGAUAUCUGGUUGAGUUAUAGGUUCAGUGGGCUGCCCCAGAAUGGCGCAAGUCUUGGAAAAUGCCCACAGAUCAGAUAUAUAUAUGGUAAAUAACUUAACUUUGUUUUUCUUCUGGUACUUCUUCGGAAUAUUUAUUACAUUAAAUUCUGUAUAGUUCUCUUUUCUUCUCCCUGAUAGCUCUUAUCAUAGCAGAGAGUCUCUGUAUGAGGCUCUAGUUAGAGGGUUCUUAACAUCCAUCGUCUCGUGUUCUUCGUAUAAUUCGAAUCCCUGUAUUACCACUGAACUAGGGAGACUAGGAAGGGGAAUGUACCAUUGUAAUCUUGUUGGAAUGGCAAUUGAAGCAGAGAAUUAGAUGAUUUAACAUAUCAUUCAUACAUGUCUUUGCUGUACUCUGGGAAUGAUUAGCUGGUGUGGGUUUUGAUUAGGACACAGUUUGUUUUCUACUAAUCAUGUACUCUAAUAUACUAUUAUUAGCUUGGAAGAGUUUUGCUUUGAGUGAUUGCAACUAUGAUGACAAAAGAUCUUCUGGCUUUGGGAUACAACAACAGCUCACAUCACUGAUUGGAGAUGGGCAAAGAUAGGGCUAAACUCUUUUUGUUUUUUGUUUUUAAUGAUUAUCUGUUAGCAAUAAUUGUGGGAAGUUGAAGGUGGUUUAGCUUUUUCAGUAUUAGGAGGGUUAUGAUGGUGUGAAAUGAAUCGAGUUUUCCAGGACCUUUUUUAUGCCUUUUUGUGACAGCUGAAAAGAAGAUGCACAACAAACACAGCUGAAAUGAAAACAACAGCUUUCUAUUUUUUUGUAUUUGGUUUGUGAGAGAGGUCUUGGUAGGCCAGAGGAUCUUUGCAUGCAUCUUCCCCUCUCAUCUCUGUCUCUCUCCCAAGCCUUGUUUGGACCUUUGGGGAAAUGACUGUAAAAAGUGAUGCUCAUAAUGAAAUGGCUUUUGUGAGGAAGAGAGGUGGGUUGAUGAUGUUGAAAUUGUGGAUGGUAACUUGUCAAUUUUAGGUGAAUGGUGUGGUAUGUUUUUCAGGGUGUUUGUUGAUAGAAACUUGAGUUUCUACGUAUAUGUGAUGAGGAUAUGAGAAGCAGAAUUGAAAGAUAUAGGGAUUGAUAUGAAGAAUUGGGGGGAGAAUUUGAGGAAGAACAAGAAUGGGGAAUUAUAAGGGAUUCAGAGAGGAGUAGGAGAAGAAGAAGAAGAAGAAGAAGAAGAAGAAGAAGAAGAGAGGAGAGAGAAUUGAAAAAUACUUGUCUUUCAGAUUGUGCUGAUUGCAAAUUCGAUUUUCAUGGUAUUAAUACUUAUCUUUCACCAAACUUCUUUUUAUUUAUAAUUAUCAUUCACCAAACUUUUAAAAACAAGGGUUAAUACUUAAUAGCAUUUUGUACCCCUUAAGUUAACAAACGUACCCCUUUACUAAUUUGUUGUACAAACGUUCUCUUUUAAUAUUAAAUCGUAAUAAAUUUACCCUUCCAUCUAAUAAUAUGUAAGUGAUUUACUAAUUUGUUGUACAAACGUUCUCUUUUAAUAUUAAAUCGUAACAAAUUUACCCUUCCAUCUAAUAAUAUGUAAGUGACCGUUAAAUGGAUUGGGAAAUGAUCCAAUUGCCCUCAUCUAUUCCUAAUUUCAAUUUCAAUUAUUUUAUUAUUUAUUUACAAGAUUAAUUAAUUAGAACCUGUUGCUGAUUAGAUCUUGUGCUCGAUGUGUUUUCAGUUGUUGGCUAUGUCGAACUGUUCUCGGGUUGGGUGAUCGGCGGUGUUCAACGAGCGGCGUUCGCUGUGCUUGGUGUUUGCCCGUCUACGUGUCUGACGCUAAACUAGCAUCCAGGGGUCGUACCGUGACUCCGGGUUGGUCGAAUCCGUGCCCAGCUUGGGUAUCGCAGUGGUGGUGUGAAUAGGGUCUGGCAAAGAGUGAGAUGCAGGCAACGAGGACAUAAAUAACAAAAUAAUUAAAACUGGAAUUAGUAUUACUUGAGGGGCAAUUUGGUCGUUUCUCAGCCCAUUUAACGGUCACUUAACGGAUGAUUAGAUGGAAGGGUAAACUUGUUACGAUUUAUUAUUACAAGGGUAUGUUUGUGCAAAAAUUUAGUAGAGGGGUACGUUUGUUAAUUUACUAAAGUAGAGAGGGUACAAAAUGCUAUUAACCCUAAAAACAAUUAUCUCUUCGAGAUGUAAGAGGUGGAAAACGUCAUUCAAUAAAAUCAUGUGUUCUCUUCAACGACAAUUAACACUUCGGUAAAAACAUUUGCUAAAAAUCUCCGAAAAGAAACAAUACCCUUUUUCCCUUAAAAUUCAACACUUUAGAUACAUGUUCACAAAUGAUAGAAACUAAUGGUUGGUUUUAAAACUACUUAACUGAUUCUCACUUUCUCAGAACCUACACUUGAAAUUUCCUAAUUUCCCAAAUGAGAGCAUAAGUGGUAUUUGACUUUUGCAAAAGCUAGUUUCAAAGAAUUCCAAGUUCCAGUUUUGUCUAGGCAGAAAAACACACUAGAAUUCUAAUUUCAAAAACAAACAAAAGUGUCAAUAAUUCUUAGAAUGUUAUGGUUAUUGGGGUUUAGUGGUUUUGUUCUUUACCUUCAAAUAACUUUUGAUAUCUUUCAUUAUGUGGGGAAAAAGAAACCAUAUUUUACAUUUUUCUGCCAAUAUCGAAUGGUAAAAGAAUCUAUCAUCAUCUCUCCUUCAACCUUGUAUUUUCCAUCAACAUUUGCUCACUUUAAAAUGAUAGAAGAUGGACAAAUAUAGAGGGAACAUAUAUUUUUUGUUCUAAAAUUUAAAAAGUACUAACUUAGUGGUUAUUACGAGACAACUAUAAAUAAAUAAUUUAGUAGAGAGUUAUAUUCUUUAUUAAGAUGCCAUAGUUUUACUUUUAUGUGAUUCGUCAUGGAUGAGAGAUUAAACAAUAGUUUAUACUGAGUAACUUGUGCAAAUGAUGUUCGCAUUACAAAGACAACAACUAUUAAAGUGUGAAUUUUUUUUAUAGGUACAUCCUUGAUUUUAUGUAAAUUAUCUGUCCUAAAAUUAGACUAUAAUCAUCAAAUUUGAAAUUUUAGUCACACAAUUACAAUGAACUAAUUCGAUUUUUACUUAUAAUUUUGUCUUUACCAUGAUCACUAAUGAAUUCAUGAAGUUGUA